AUGUCGUGGAAAGGAAGACUUUUUUUUCGAGUUUACAUAAAAAAUAAAAAACAUAGAUACGGCAUCAAGAUAUAUAAACUAUGUGAAAGUAACGGCGUAAUACUGAAGAUAAAACUUUACACAGGCAAAUCAGAAGGUCAGGAAGGUAGACAAACUAUAAAAAUUGUAACAGAUUUAUUAGAUGAUUACUUGAAUAAAGGUUACAAGGUAUAUACAGAUAACUACUAUAACUCCGUUGAGCUGACAAGAAAAAUGAGUGCAAAUAAAACUUACUUAUGCGGAACUUUGCAAUCAACCCGUAAGGGUAAUCCAAAAGUUGUGACAUCGGCAAAGCUGAAGAAAGGUGAGAUGAUUUGGAGAAGAAAGGGGGAAGUAGCGGUUUGCAAAUGGAAAGACAAACGCGAUGUUCUAACCAUUUCAAAUAUGCACAAUCCUGAAAUGAUAACUAUCAGAAAUCGCAGGAAUCAACUUAAACUAAAACCUAAUAUUGUUGUUGAUUACAAUAACGGAAUGGGAGGAGUAGACCACUCUGACCAAAUGAUUUCCUAUUAUGAGAGCAUGAAAAAAACCAAAUACUGGUACAAAAAGUUCGCUAUUCACAUUUUUCAAAUGUUUAUACAUAAUGCUGCAAGAAUACAUAAUGAUCAAUCUGGAUUGAACAGAUCGGAGAGAAUACCUCUACUGAAUUUUACUGAAAAUGUUAUUAUCCACUUGUUAGGCCAAAAGUAUAUCGACUAUUCUGAAAAACCAGGGCAGUCCAAAGAGGUCAAUCAAAGUGGUCAAGUAUUGCUUCAACAUUAUUUGGAGUAUAUACCACCUACAGAAAAGAAAAGCAAGCCAACUAAACCUUGUGUUGUGUGUACCAAAAAUAAGACUCGCAAAGGAACAAGGUAUUUUUGCACAUUGUGUUCAAAAACUCCAGCUUUAUGUGUAGUUGAUUGUUUCAAAGCUUAUCACAACUAA